CAACAAAGGAACUAGGAGGCCAUCCAUUGAGCGAUUCUUCAAAGCGGAACCGCCGAGGCUAGGUUAGCGCAUGAGGGUGAAACUGUGCUCAUAUUUCUACCGUCUAUCUAAACGCCAAGGAAUACCGCAUCUUCUCUGUAGAAUUGUGGUUCUGCCUGAUCAAGGCUGGACUAAAACGGGCGGCUCCGGUUCCUACAAAAUAUUCUUAAUCUCGUCAUUUUCAGGAGCGUGACGGUGUCUCUAAAAGUUGGGAGCGAGAAUACCUUGGAUGGAACCUUGGAUUAUGUGAACAAGUAUUUCGAAAGCUUUAUUAUAGAAUACCGCUGAUAUAGUCGGAGUGCUGGAUCUCUCUUAUUGUGCCAGGGUUUUAAGCAUGGCAAGUACAGCUUCUGCUUCAACAUCUUCACUAGAACACCCAGGGCCUUCUAGUUGCAACACUUAUGCUAAGAAUGAAAUCAAGCAUGGUUAUCAUGGACCUCAUGUUAUUGAUCUGACAUCUGAAGCAGCCACCCCGCCUCUGUCGCACCAGCCACUACGGCACAUGCCCCACCAUCUCUUUCACUCCUCUGCGUUCCAUCGUGUCAACGGCCAGCCCUAUGAUAGUCAUGGGCCAACCUCAGCAAAUCGUGGUUGCCCUUACCUACAAAACCAGUCAACAAGGGAGCAUAGGCACCACCCACAUCAUCGACAAAUUCAUCAUGUCCCGAAUCCAUCAUAUUGUCCCUCUAUGUCAUCAACAGUGCCCUUACAACACCCACCUGUGAAUGCGACUCCUGUUAUAAUCGACCCAGAUCAGCUACCAAGCCAUGUCCGGGCUGUACCAAUAACCAGUCUUCCUAACCGACUUAUUGUAAAUAGUGUUCCCAUGGCGACACCAACUUAUGUCCAGCCUCCCUCUAAUGAGGCUGAUCUACCCCUCGACCCAACUGGUAACCAUCGACAUUAUCAUCAUCACUACCAUCAUCACCACCACCAUCACCAUCAUUUUGUGCAGCCGCCAUACCAAGUUCCCCCACCACCUACCCCUCAACCAUAUCACCCUCACCCAUACCCAUCAUCUGGGCCAAUGCACCACAGACAUUAUCGGCGAUGGCACAACAGUAAUGGUGCACACCAAGAAUGGGCUCAACCAGUGGACCACCAUGCGGUGCCCAUACAUGCUCAUACAGGAGUACAAACAUAUCCUGACCUACUCUAUCAUUUGCUGUCUGUCAUGUCUAUGCAGCCAGCACCGCCCCACGCAACACCACAGGCAGCAUGGGAAGAGAGUUAUCAGCAAGAAAACUAUGAGACUUUGUUGAACUUGGCUGAACAAAUUGGAGAAGCCAAACCUAAAGGCCUUACUAGAGCCGAAAUAGAUCAGUUACCAACAUAUAGAGUGACAGCAGAAUCCAAGAAACAAAAUGAUGAUGCUAGAUGCGUCGUCUGCCUUGUUGACUUUGAGGAGAAACAGCUUGUCAGAACACUUCCAUGUUUACACGAGUACCACACCCGUUGCAUCGACAAAUGGCUCAAGUCAAACAGAACAUGUCCAAUAUGCAGAACAGAGAUCAAAGUCAGUGGAAAUUAGAAGAUGGAAAUGCAGAAUUUGAUAACCAAGAUUGCUGCCAAUACCAAGAUAAACCCAUGCAGUCCCGUGACUGAGUUAGGGGAUGUUAGACAAAUAGCUGGAUAAUCCCUAAGACAAAUAUAACAGAUUAUGAUGUCCAUACCAUGUGCUGAAUUAAUGCCAAUAAUACAGACAAGAGGUAUUGCUUUACUCCAGUAAUUUAGAGUGGGGCCAAACACAGAAUUUGUUCCUAGCAAUGUGGAUUCAUUUAAGUGUUAAUCUCACAAUAAGAUUUGACCAAUUCUCUUGCGCUGCGAUGCACUUUCAAUAAAAUGUGAAUAUUUUGCAAUUAGUGAAUAAUAAAAAUUGUGCUAAAGAUUAGAGCAGCAAAAAUUGGUUAGACUUUACGAAAAAAGCUUUUAAGCUAUACCAAAUAACUUGAUUGCUUUGAGAAUGUCUUGCUUUUUGUCAUUAAAUCAAUGCUUCCAAAUAGCAUUCAUCCAAUUUUAUCAAGCAUCUGUACUAAACUACCAAAGUUUCUUCUAACAGCAAAUAUUCUGCAAAUGAGAAAAGAUUGUAUAUAUUCCUGAACUUAGGAUUUCACUGCUAUAUUGUUCUAUGUAAGGACAUCACACAUAUAGAUGAACUAAACACAUACAAUGCUUUCUGUUUUUUUGAGAUACUUAUUUUUACAGAAAGGGUAUCAGUUUAUACAUUUCUUUGAGUUUGAGAUGGCACCAGUAUAUUAUACAGAAGAUAAUAACAAUGAAAACAUGUACAUAGUCUACAUAUGGUAGAGACUUGGCUUGAAUUUAUAUCCAACAGAUAAACUAGCUUUUUCGUAAUUUCUGUAAAAAGUAAUAACUAUCUUUUUUAUAAUGAGUAUUUCUGAACUGGAAUAAAUUCAUAUACAUACAUAUGAAUAAUACAGAAAGAAACAAUUUGAUUUUUGGGUGCAAAACUUCACUAGCUUUUAAAUUAUCCCAUGCUUAAAAAGUCUUAGUGGUAUGGUGUUCUUCAUCCAUUCAAACAUAUAUAAAACAUGCCAAAUUAAUUUUUGAUAAUUUCAUAGCAAAGGCAUUCAGCAAAACUCAAGUCAUUGUAUUUGCAUCUAAAAAUAAAACAAAUACAAAAUAA